AUGCUGAAGGAGCUCCAGCUCUCCCUGUUGGUCAUCCUGCUGCUCUCCUGUGGCUUCCUCUUCCAGCUCACCCUGAAGUCCAGCUGCCUCUUCUCCUGCCUGCCCCCCCACAAGUCCCAGCAGGGGCCGGAAGCCCUUCUGGGCAAGGGACGCAGCAUUGUGUUCCUCGAGACCUCGGAGAGAAUGGAGCCGUCCCCGCUGGUCUCCUGCGCCGUGGAGUCCGCUGCCAAGGUUUAUCCUGAGCAGCCGGUGGUGUUCUUCAUGAAGGGUCUCAGCAGUUCCCUGCAGCUGCCCCCAAACUCCACGCACCCGGCCUUUUCCCUCCUCUCAGCAAUAGACAAUGUUUUCCUCAUCCCUUUGGAUAUGAAAAGCCUGUUUGAAGACACACCAUUGUCUUCAUGGUACACUCAAGUCAACGCCAGUGCAGAGAGAAACUGGCUCCACGUCAGCUCAGACGCGUCCCGCCUGGCCAUCAUCUGGAAGUACGGGGGCGUCUACAUGGACACGGACGUCAUCUCCAUCAGGCCCAUCCCUGCCGAGAACUUCCUGGCGGCGCAGGCUUCUCGGUACUCUAGCAACGGGGUGUUUGGCUUCCUGCCCCGCCACGCCUUCCUGUGGCAGUGCAUGGAAAACUUUGUGGAGCACUACAAUUCCCACGUCUGGGGCAACCAGGGCCCCGAGCUGAUGACGAGGAUGUUGAGAGUGUGGUGCAGACUCGAAGACUUCCAGGAGGUGAGCGACCUCCGGUGUUUGAACGUGUCCUUUCUGCACCCCCGAAGGUUUUACCCCAUCUCCUACCCUGAGUGGAGGCGCUACUAUGAAGUGUGGACCCCAGAGCCGAGCUUCAACGACUCCUACGCCCUGCACCUGUGGAACUACAUGAACCAGGAAGGGAAGGGGGUGGUGAGAGGCAGCAACACGCUGGUGGAAAACCUCUACCGUAAGCACUGUCCCAGGACGUACAGGGACCUGAUUCGAGGCCCAGAGGGGUUGGUGACUGGGGAGCCGGGCGCAGGUAACAAAUAGAGCCAACGCCCGUUUGUUGCUGCUCCAUCGUGGAACUGGAUACACAC